CAAGUACACUUCAAACGAAUUGUUGUGCACAGUAAAACCAAAAGAGCUUCUUCGUUUUGGUAGAGUUCAUGUGUGUCUCUUAAAAGUAACAGUUAGAUCUUUGGGUUGCUGAUGUUUUACCCAAAAUUCAGCUAAUUAGGCAGUUUGCUCGGAACACAUCGCCGAAAAUGAGCAAGAAGAGAAGAAAUGAAGACAGAACUACUCCAGCAGAGGCGUUUAUCCAGUUUCAAAUUCAAGUUAAAAGAAAAGAAACUGAAGAAUUCAGGAAUGAAAUAAGUGAGCUGGAAGCCAAGAACCAAAAGCUCACUGAGCUGCGGGACCGGCUGAGAGAGGAGCAGCUGGCUCUUAUUCGUGAGCUUAAUAAGCAAGCAAAGGAGCAGGAGAAGGAGCUGGAGCAGGGGGAGGUGGUGAACAAGGAGCAGUUGGAGAAGGCCCAGCAGUGCAACUUGGAGGUUACACACAGACAGGAGGAAGAGCUAGCAGAACUGUGCAGGAAGCUGGAAGUCCUGAAGCUGCAGGUUGCAGAACGCCAGAAGGAACGGCAGGUGUUGCUGCAAUAUAAAAGUGUGGGGAGCAUCAAGCAUCUACAGCAGAUCCAGAACCUGCAGUCAGAAAUAAUCAAUCUGCAGAACCGCUUUGAGAAGAUGUCAGAAAAUAUGAAGCGUUCUCUAGAUGACACUUUGAAUGAAAUUGACAAGAAGACGUCUCAGCUGAUUGAUGAGAAGAAGCAGCAGGCUGUGGAGAGAGCAAUUAAACAGCUGGACAAAUCAAGUUGGCAGGAGAUCAAAGAGAAUGACAGGCUUAAGAGAGAGCUUGUUAUCUGCCAUAAGGAAGUCUCUAUACUGGAAACAGCGGUGAGGAGACUAGAGGAGGAGAACUUGGAGCAUGUGAAGCAAAUUUUCGAGCAUCGUCUUAAUGAUCUGCAGAUAUCAAGGAACGUGUUCCUCACGCAGGCUGCAGGCUUGGAGCAGAUGGACUCUUCCGGUCUGGAACUCACUCUCACAGAGACAGCAGCAGAGCCGGGAAGUGGGCCCCUGCCUCCCCUCAACUCCAGAUCGGAAGCUAGGGGGGCACAGCAAAAGCAGGCUGUGGAGUUGGAGAAAGAUAAAACGGAUCCCAGCUGCAAGCCCCCCUCCCCUCCCCAUGACCUCACCAUGCUCCUCUAUGGCAACCAGAACAACCUCAGGGAGCUGCUGCAUCUGGGUCCGCUGGAGAAGAAGCUGUUGAGUGUAGUGGGUCAGGCUGUGACCCUGCACCCUUUACCCUCUGACAGUGAGGAUUUAGCCAUGUCGACACACACUGGACCUUUACAUGCACAAGACUGGGCACUUAGCACUCGUAUCAUCCGCAACAAGUUCCAGUAAACGCACAGCAUAAAAACAUCACUGUUUUCCUGCUACAGGAGCCAAUUCCAUCUACUCGCUGCUGUUGUCUGAAUUGACAGGAAUAUCUAAAGUCUAAUGUCACUGUCUAUGAUAUACAAUUCCAAGUAUGACCAUUUCUGUUGGCAUAAUAAAAUGUUCUCCCAAUAGAAUAGUGCAUAAAAGUUUGAUCAGUGAUAUUUCUAUGUGAUAAACUGUAGCACAACAGCUGUCUAUAAAUCUGUAUUACACAGGGUGAUUAAAAAAAAAAAGAAAAUCAGAUUUCAAAGCACCAUGUUUUCACAAGAGUGAGGCGCUGAGGAACCAAAUCACAUACCAAUUUGAAAGAGGGGGGUCACAGAGUUUAUGACUUACUGGAAGAUGGCUCCCUUCAGUCUGCGAGGAGAUGGAGACCCCUGAGCAGAAAGCGUUUAGUGUUCUCUACAUCAAUAAGAGCGAAAACUGUCUUUUGUGGAAGCUGCUCUUUUAUUUGAAAAUCAACCAAAUUCUGCUCACAUACAAUUUUUAUAUAUAAACAAAAAUAGAAUCUGCAGGGACAAUGCAGCAAAUAUGCUAAAUCAAUGGAUAGAAUCACCUUCAUAUUGGGACCAUCCUUCACACACUUCUCUACUGGACAGGGUUUGGGUUUAUUUACACAAAGCACCGAUCAACAGUGCUUCUCUCGCUCCUGUUCUAACUGCACCUACUGCUAAUUUACAAAGACACUACCCACCCCAUCCUGAUGAUGGCAACCUGUGACGCAUGUAUGUUUUUCCCUGUGCUCUUACUUUAACAAAGGGCGCCCCCUGGUGCCCGUGCAGCGAAAGAUGGCCCAAGCAUGAAGACAACUCCGCACAUUCAGGUUGGAAAAGGCAGCCGUAUAAUCGUCAAUGUAAAAUAAUGACAUGCCAAGCAUAAAGCAACACAGCUCCUCCCCAAUGCAAUGCUGCAGAAUCACAAAUGUAGUGAUGCUAGUCUGAUAAAUGUUCCCUCGCGAGAAAAAAAACCCUAGGCACAGAAUCGACUAUGUGGAUUAAUAAAUUGUAUGCUCCCCUGCCAUUUCCCUUACAAAUGCCGGGGGGCGAGUUUCCGAGCUACAAAGAAUUGCACUAGACAAUAAAUGGGGGUCAAAGAAAACUUAGUGCUCCAUCAUUCAGUUUACAGGUGGUUUCAUUUUUUCCCAUUUUUAUAUUAUCAUCAUCUCAGUCACUCUCAAAAUCCAAUUCAACAAUCAUACCCAUGAAAGCGUAUUUCAACAAAC